CCGAGAGAAGCGUGACAAGGCGGCGAGAUACUGCCGCCGCUACUUAGUGGGUCUCUUCCCCCCGGCUGGGAUUAGGUAACCUCGUAAUGACCUAACAACGUCCUCUCGCUUUCUCCCCAUAUCAUCAGCAAGGCUACCUUGAUCUUUCCUCUCCUCUCUUCUCGCUCGUCAAAGCAAACGUCAAAUGGUCUGCUCGAUCUCAGGCGGUUGAUCCCUUCGCGAUCGCGUCUGUCUACUCUUAGUACGGCAUCUCUAGACCUCUCUCUUUCCCCUCUCCUUUUUCUCUACCCCUCUCAGGCUUCAAGAAAUGCCUCCUCCGCCACCACCGCCGCCGCCGCCGCCCGGCGCGAUGGGAGGCCCUCCUCCUCCUCCGCCUCCCGGAGGGUUACCGAAUCGACCUUCAAAAGGCGAAGUCAAGGACCGAGUACGCCCAUCACUCUGGAACCUUGAGGGCGAUUGGCUUGCUAACGGAUUCGCUAGGGCGCACUACUCUCAGAUAUUACCAAAGGCACUCGAUUGAAGAAAACCGUCACCAAUGAUAGAUCGGCCCCGGUUGUUGGAGGUGGAGGCGCGAAGGCCUCUGGAUCACCUGUCGGAGGAGCACCUCCUGUUCCUACCAUGGCGAAGCCUCCCGGUGGUCUUGCACCGCCGGUGCCUCCGACCGGAGCCGCAAACAGACUCCGAAGCAAUAGCGAAACCGGCUCAGGGAGUGGUGAUAGUGGCGCAGCAUCUGCCCCGGCGGUCCCGCAGCUCGGUGGUCUCUUUGCCGGGGGUAUGCCAAAGCUGCGCAGUCGCGGCGGCGGAGUGGACACCGGUGCGAACCGAGACUCGCCGUAUCGAUCAGAAUCCGAUGGUUCGCAAGCUCCCAGGCCUCCCGUUGCGUCUGCCCCGAAGCCCCCAGGAGCCCGACCACCUCCUCCUCCGCCAUCUUCAGAAUCACCUCCCGCACCUCCCGUCAACCCAUUGGUCAACAACCUGCGAAAGCCUCCUCCGAGACCCGCGUCGCGACCGGCAUCAACCGUCCCAGCACCACCUAGCAAACCAGCCCCGGAUGCACCUCCUCCCCGCGCACCCCCUCCAUUGCCAGGCGCAGCGAAGCAACCACCGCCACCUCCCGUGUCCCUGAGGAAGCCAUCUGCUCCGGCACCACCGCCGCCGCCACCUCCUUCGACUAGCCCUGCUGCACCUCCUCCGCCUCCGCCCACGGCCAGACCUCCACCCCCAGCGCCGGCUAGAUCCACUCCUCCUCCACCUCCCGCUCCCCCAGCAUCUGCGCCGCCGCCCCCCAGCGGAGCAGGGGCUGCCUCGAUUGCAGUCCAAGCCGCAAGGAAUGCGCUUGGACAUAGCCCGCAGACUCCGUCGGCACCGCCACCACCUCCACCGGCCGCAUUCGCUCCAUCCGCUCCUCCCCCCCCUCCUCCAUCUGCUCCCCCCACCGCACCAUCCAGCGAACCACUCUCGCGUCCAUCUUCGUACGAACCUCAGGCCGCUACCUUGGAUCCGAGCGCUUAUACCCUUAGCAACGGCGGGCCGUCACCGGGACUAAGCCCUCGGAACGCAGGCGUGCAAGGAAUGAUCCCGGUGGACGACAAUCGAUUCAAGUUCCAAAGCGAAGGGUUGUUGCCCAAACCCCGACCGUUCACGGGAGGCACCCGACGGUAUCGGGCGGGGCGGGGCAGCAGCGUGCCCUUGGAUUUAAGCGCUUUGAGUGGCUAAAACCGAUAAUGCAAGACCAGGGUCCCUUGAUCUGCGGACGUGCAGAGAGUCGGUCUGACGCAUCGCUUGCAUAUUGUUAUAGUCGUGAUAGCUAGUAAGCACUAGGAACGAAGCCUACCUUUUUCUUGUCUUUCUUUCUAUGUUCCAUGUACAGAUUAGAGAAUAGAAGGUUGUAUAUUUUCACUUCUAUUGUAUUUAUUUAUGGAAUGAUGUCCUUGUGUAGGCAUAGUUUGGAAUUUUCGAUGAAUGAGCGGA